AUGGUAUCAUUCGCCAAAGAUCCUGACGUCAUUUUCUCUUCCGCCGUUGCGCCGACGAUUGAGUUCUUUUACUCUCACUUUCUUCCUUCUCCAAAACUCUCACCUUAUCCUCUUAUUUUUCUCCGAUCGUUCUCCCUUUCUCGCUUGAAAAGAGAGGUUGAUUCGCGUAUUCUAAAAGAUGUCGCUAUUGAGAACUCUAAGUAUGUGGAUGCAGCUAUAGAGAUUGUUCUGUUUGAGAUUCUGUCUUACAUGUCUAAACAAACGGUGGUUGCUAGUUCUUCCUCACGGAGAUCGAAUCCUCGCGUGCCUCCAAAUAGAGCUUUGGAUGAGGAAGAAGAUCCAUUGUUGGAAGCAAAUGAAGUUCUCAGAGACGUUGUUCUUACAGGUACUGCUAUCGAUGUUGGUUCUAUUGAGGCAUCAAGUGCAGCGAGUACUUCAAAAAUCCAUGAGAACAACAAUAAUGAGCCUGCUGAUGUUGAAACCAAUGAAUUAAUUUUGUUGGGGAACACAGAAAAAUGUUCUGAAAUUGGGAAAGCUGAAUCUAGUGUCAGCUUGAGUGCUUUAGGGAUUAAUAAUCUUUUUCCUUAUGUGAAUCUUGAAAUUAAGGGGUCUGGAUCUAAAGACCAAACCAUAGACGUUGAAGAUGGGAUUGUGAGGACUCCUCAUGCUUCACCAGACACAGCUGAUAAGUCUACCUCACUUCUGGAGAAUACUGGUAGCAUUGGCAGCUAUAAUGAUAUUUUAAAGUUAUAUGGGCCUUUAGAUCUGAAUGCGGUUUCAUGCAGAAACAACUCAUUCAAUAGAAUCUUGAUAGGGGAAGAAAAUGUUGGGGCUCUUCUUGUUCCAUCAUCUGCUCAAGAACAAAUGGCAGAAGCACUCAGAGCUGGUCUUCAUUCUGAAAUCAACGAUCACUCUACUGGUUCUGAGAAACUAGAAAAAGGUUCUAUAGAACUGAAAUCCCAGCAGGACCCCAUAUAUGAUAUGGGCGAUAUUAAAGAUGAUACCGUCAAUUCUAUUGUUAGUGGGUCUAGUCAAACAUGCAGAAUUGAUCUACAUGAAGAGGUCAUUGAAGAUGCUAAAAAUAAUGAGAAAACCUUGUUUCAGACUAUAUAA